UUUUUGGACUUUUCGAUCCAGCAAGGCAAGGCAAGGCAAAAGACACAAGCAUGGCCGCAAAAGUGAGUUCGGCGCGGAAGAAACGCGUGUCGAAGAAGAGCAAGAGUUCGUGGCGCAGCAAGUCGGACGUGCAGGAUGUCGAGGACUUCCUCGAGGCGCAGCGCACCGAGCAGAUCCAGGGGGGUCCGGUGUCGAGCAAGCCGGACGCGCAGCUCUUCACGAUCGACACCAAGGCCAGGAAGAUCAGGGACGUGGCCGCGUACCUGAGCAGGAAGGACAGGGCGCGCCAGAAGCCCCUGCGCUGCUUCGCGGCCCUCGAGAACGACUCGGCCGUCCAGGACCCGGUCAUCAAAAGGAACAAGGUGCGGCUGCCUGGCGAGGGUAAGGGCAUCGCCAGGGUGCGCCGUCUGCAGAACACGGCCAAGCGGCUCAAGAAGGAGGCGCAGUCGCUGGAGGACUCGGCUGCCUACUCGGCCAACAAGCCCCUCGGAAGGGACCUCGCAGCUCCCGCCGCCCUCGACGUCUGGGGCGACGAAUAUGGAUCGGUGAAGCUGCCGAUUGACGAGCAGUGGUUGGCGCCCAAGACGCUGGUGCACACCAUCGAGAAUGUGCACAAGAAGGUGGGCGUCAGGUCGCGCUUCUCCAGGGUCAGGAACUCGAAACUGCCGGCCAUCGAAGCCCCCCACCCUGGCGAAUCGUACAACCCUUCGCUGGAGGACCAUCAGGACUUGCUGCAGCAGGUCGUCCAUCAUGAGACGGCGCUGCUCAAGAAGGAGAAGCACCUCGAAAGGGUCACCACCAAGAUGUUCUGCAAAAGGAGCCAGAUCCCCACAGAAGAGGAGAAGUUGAAGGAGUUGGCGCAGGGUCUGCCUGUGCCUGGAGAGGAGGUGGUGGACGACGAGGUGUUCGACUCGGAGUACAAAGCGCUCAACCCGCCGGUGAUCAACAAAAAGAAGACCCUGCAGAAGCGCAAGCGGCUGCAGACGGCCAGGGAGGACCAACUGCGCCGGUUCUCCGAAAAGAUGGAGAAGAAGAAAAUUUCUGACAUUGACAGACUGAAGAAGGUGGAGGAGGAGAUGCGGGCAGAGACGGAGGAGAUGGCGCGCAACAAGGUCCUCAAGUUGCAGGCGCUGGCCAAGAAGGAGUUGCAGCCCAAGAAGAUGGCCAACUACAACUUUGAGGCGGCCGAGCUCGACUUUAACCUGCCCAAGGACAUCAAGGGCAACGUCCGCCAACUUAAGGCCGAGGGCAGCAUCCUCGCUGACCGCUUCAAAAGCAUGCAAAAGAGGAAUGUCAUUGAGACCCGUGUCAGACAAAAGGUGAAGAGGAAAUUCCGACCCAAGAGAUUCGUCAAGGCCUCCCACAAGAUUGACCCCUGAUUUAUUUUUUUAUUGUAAUUAAAUGCAUCGGUUAGUUUCGAA